GUAACGUUUCUCAAUCCAAAUACUCAUUCAAAGAAAAACACAAAGUAACAAAAGAAGAAAGAUUUCAUUAUAGGAAAAAAAAGAAAUCUUAGUUUUGAAUCUCCAUUUUUCUAUGCUUUUUAUCCCUUAUCCAUGGAUGAAAUGCAUUAAAGGUGUGAGACUUUGUUAAACUUAAUGGCUAAUAAAGUAGCCAUUAUAUGUUGAAUAUCUAUCUAUUGCAUCUACUUUGAUAAUCAACAAUGAAAUUUUACACAUUUUUGGUUAUCAUAACCACAUUUUGUUCCCUCUUAAGCAAGGUAUAUUCAUUAACAAAUGUUACCAAUUCUUAUUCUUUUGUUUUGUCUUGUGGAGCUACAAGUAAUGCCACAGAUGCAGAUGGAAGGAUUUGGAGUCCAGAUUCUACAUAUUUCCCUUCAUCUUCUGGUAAUUCAAUCACAUCUAAAGCUAAAUAUCAAGACCCUUCAUUGAUUUCUGAUAUUCCUUAUAUGACUGCUAGAAUUUUCAAGAAUCAAACCACUUAUUCCUUCCCUGUUUCUCCGAAAUCUCGCCAUUGGAUUAGACUUCAUUUUUAUCCUUCUUCCUAUGACAAUUUCAAUUGUUCCAGUUCAUUCUUUUCUGUAAAUAUUGCCGGUUUUACUCUUCUAAACAACUUUAGUGCUUCAAUCACAGCACAAGCACUAACACAGGCUUAUAUCAUAAGAGAAUUCACUCUUGUACCUCUCCAAACUUCUACACUUAACAUAACAUUUACCCCUUCUUCCGCGUAUAAUGACUCAUUUGCGUUUAUCAAUGGGAUUGAGAUUGUUUCAAUGCCUGAAAUAUUUGAACCCGCGCCUAUGGUGGGGUUCUCAGAUCAGACUACGGAAACACAAGCUUCUUCUAUGCAAACUAUGUUCAGGUUAAAUGUUGGUGGACAGUAUAUUCCAGCUAAUAAUGACUCGGGCUUAGGGAGAAUAUGGUAUGAUGACGCGCCAUAUUUGUUUGGCGCAUCUUUUGGUAUCACGUCUGCAGCUAAUAAUAGUAUGAAAAUUUCAUAUCCUUCUAAUUUGCCUAAUUACAUUGCUCCAGAGGAUGUUUAUAGGACAGCACGAACGAUGGGGCCAAAUGCUGAUGUUAAUAGGAAUUAUAAUCUGACUUGGAUCUUCCAAGUUGAUACAAAUUUUACUUAUCUUGUGAGGUUACAUUUCUGUGAUUUUCAAAUGAAAAGGAUGAAUCAGAGGGUGUUUAAGGUAUUUCUUAAUAAUCAGACUGCUUUAGAAGAAGCUGAUGUGGUUGGGUGGUCUUCUGCUCAAAAUGUGCCAGCAUACAAGGACUUUGUAAUAUAUCAAACUGGUGAUGAUGAUAUGUGGGUAGCUUUACAUCCUACUGAUGAGACGAAGGCCCAGUUUUAUGAUGCAAUCCUCAAUGGAUUAGAGAUUUUUAAGAUCAACGAUACAAAGGGGAAUUUGGCAGGGCCUAAUCCUGUGCCAUCACCACCCCUAGCAGCUGCAGACACUGAUUCUCAGUCAAAACCAGCAUUUGCAUCAAACAAAACUAGUAAGAAAGGCAUAAUAGUUGGUUCGGUGGCAGGAAUGACAGCUGGACUUAGUAUCGUUGUUGUUGUACUUGCUUGUGUCAAGCGAAGGAAGAAUAUAAACAAUGGAGGGAAUAAGUCUAACAGAGGUGGUAGGUUACCUAUUUAUAGUUCUAGGAGUACAGAAACUAGAACAACUAUCUCAGGUAAAAGCAGUGGCAGUAGUCACAUUUCCAACAUUGGUGGAGGCCUUUGUAGGUACUUCACCUUAGCUGAGAUAAAACAAGGUACAAAGAAUUUUGACGAGUCACGAGUUAUUGGAGUUGGAGGAUUUGGUAAAGUAUAUAGAGGAGAGAUUGAUGGAGGGACUAUGGUUGCUAUUAAGAGAGCAAACCCUUCUUCUGAACAAGGUCUUCAUGAGUUCCAAACUGAGAUAGAAUUGCUUUCAAAACUUAGACAUAGACAUUUAGUCUCACUGAUUGGGGCUUGUGAAGAGAAUGAUGAGAUGAUAUUAGUCUAUGAUUACAUGGCUAACGGGACAUUGAGAGAGCACCUUUACAAGCACAACAAGCCACCUUUGUCAUGGAAGCAAAGGUUGGAUAUUUGUAUUGGUGCAGCCAGAGGUCUUCACUAUCUUCACACUGGUGCAAGGUACACUAUCAUCCAUAGGGAUGUGAAAACUACAAACAUUUUGGUGGAUGACAAGUGGGUGGCGAAAGUUUCUGAUUUCGGGCUUUCGCAAACCGGACCUAAUCUCCAACAAACUCAUGUUAGUACAAUGGUGAAAGGAAGUUUUGGAUACUUGGAUCCAGAGUAUUUCAGAAGACAGCAACUGACAGAAAAGUCUGAUGUCUACUCUUUUGGGGUUGUCCUAUUUGAAGUGUUGUCUGGAAGGCCAGCUCUAAAUGCUAGUCUUCCAAAGGAACAAGUCAGUCUAGCAGAUUGGGCAUUACACUGCCAUAGGAAAAAUACUACCAAGGAACUUAUGGAUCCACAUAUUAAAGGGGAGAUUAUAGAAGAAUGUCUGAAGCAAUUCAUCGAUACAGCAGUGAGUUGUUUGUCUGAUCACGGAACUGAUCGUCCUUCAAUGGGUUCAGUGCUGUGGAAUCUUGAGUACUGCCUUCAGUUGCAAAGUGAUCCCGAUGAACCAAAAAUGGUGGCGGAACAGAAAGCUAAUGAUGCCUAUGCUAUGCAUAAAGAGUUGUUAACGGUUGCAGAAGAAGGUAAGGAGUCAGCAGAGGACAGCACGGACACUGUCUUCUCACAAAUUGUAAAUCCACAAGGUAGAUAGUUGCUUAGUUCUACCGUUGUGCUUUUGUUUUUGUUUAGAUGUUUCCUGUCAAUACUAGCAAUUAUGAAGAGAGUUUAUAAUUGACCAUGAAGCUUGCUUAGCUUGUACAGCACCUUCAUUUCCAACAGGUAGGUUGGGUGUUCGAGUCAUGUGGAUGGUACAUGGAAGUACUAAUAAUCCUCCUAGACUGGGGGUGGAAAAAAAAUACACUUGUAGCUUGUACCUCUGUUAUUCUUAGUGCCUUCAUUAUUGCUUCCCUGCGAGUGAAGCAUGUUCAAUGUUAUAGCUGCACUGCUUAUGGUUAGCACAAGUCUUAUUUUCUAA